CACAAACGCAACGCACGCGGCAGCGGAAAAUCGAAAAAGCCAGUUGCCAGCCAGACAGCCGACAAGCGAUGAAGUGAAAAGUCGCUGUUGUUUUUGGUCCUUGCUUGCCUGCUUCAGUUAGCCGUGUAUCCUCGAACAGUACGAACGUGUGUCCUGUCGAACGGAUUUCGAGUUUUUGUAUCAACCACCAAAAGACGUAAUUGUUGGCGCGGUCUCAAAGCGAAAACAUUUCGAAAUAAUUAGAAUAAAGCAAGUCAAAGGAAUCCCUUUUAAAUUUGGCUAACGGGCAACGAAUUCGCGUGGAUUUCGUAAAAAUGAGAAAAUGACAGCAAAACGUGAUAAGGAUUACUCGAAAAAUAAAUCAGCACCUGGCAUCGGAUUCACCGCCGCCGGCUCAACCAAUGGCAGCGGCAUAAAGUCCAUCGGGCUGGUUAGCUCCACCCAGAAUGUGACUUCGUCGCAGGACAUCAGCAAGCGGACAAACAAACCACUCAUGGAGAAGCGACGGCGGGCGAGGAUCAACCAGAGCCUGGCCAUCCUGAAGGCCCUCAUCCUCGAGUCCACCAAGAGCCAGAACGCCAAGAACGGCGAGGGUCAGGCCAAGCACACCAAGCUGGAGAAGGCGGACAUUUUGGAGCUGACCGUUCGCCACUUCCAGAGGCACCGCAAUUUAGACGAUCCCACGGUUAACAAAUACCGAGCGGGCUACACGGACUGUGCCCGCGAGGUAGCUCGUUACCUGGCCACCCCGGAGCCACCGCCCCUGGGCACCAUGCCCACGCUGGCGGAGCCCGGCUCCAAGGCGCGACUGCUGCGGCACUUGGACCAGUGCAUCGCCGAGAUCGACGUGGAGAUCUGUCCCCACUCGACGGCCACCUUUGCGGAGAGUCCCAGCAGCAGCAGCUGCUUCGAACUGAACCACGCGAAGAAGAGCCAGCCGGAGGAGCACUCGCUGGACUAUAGCAGUCAGGACUCGAAUCCGCUGGACUACAGCAAGGGUCUGAAGUUGGUGGCCACGGAGCAGAGGACCCUGCCACCAACCACGCCAGUGCCGCAGGACGAGAACAACAAUCGUGGGAUGCUGCAGGCGCAGGCGCAGGCGCAAACACCGAUUCCCGUUCAGGUGCAAGGACAGCCACAAAGCCAGCCCUCGCCGCAGGAUGCAGUUGCUCCCAGCGAGCUGACCUACGAGGAGGAUCGCAACAAGGUGUGCGCCAAUGUGCUGGAGCAGUACAAGCAACAGCUGAAGGCGCAGGUGCAGCAGCAGCCCGACGGAACCAACGGAGUCCUCGUCCUGCCGCCCCACUACGUCCAACUGGCGGCCGCUCUGGGCCUGAGUGCCCAGCCCCUGGUGGAUCCGAUAGCCACUCGUACGGACUUCGAGCGGUUGAUCGAGCUGCAGAGGGUGGGGCAGCCCCAUUUGGCCGGCAAGCUGAGUCCCAGUUUUCCCGGUGGCCUGGAGGCCGCCCAUGUGGCUGCCGCUGCGGCUGCAGCCUAUGCCAACAGCAUGGCGGUGGCCGCUUCCGCCGGUGCCUCCGUCUCCGCCAUGGCCACUUCCGGUACGGUGACGCCGUCGGGUCACCAGGAGAGACCCGCCUCGGUGGCCGCCUCCGUUAGUUCGGGUAUCUCGGUGUCGGAACACAAGUCCAUGCCCGCCACACAGCAAUCAUCGCCUCGCUCCGAGAGUGGCAUCGGUUCCAAUGAGAACGAGGCUCCGGUGGCGAGUCCACGUCCCCAGACCAGCAAUGCCGCUAGGCAGGCUUUGAGGCAACGCCAGGAGGAGGAGUACCACUACAUGGCCCAGGCGGCGGCUGCAGCGGCGGCAGCAGCAGCAGCAGCAGCUGGACAGGAUGAGAGCAUGUGGCGGCCCUGGUGAACUGGUGGGUCGGUGGUUCAGAGAUCCUAUGUACCAAGUAUGUAGACUGUUGUGUGUGAAUCCAGCCGGAAACCGGCGGUUCACCGGCCCAACUGAUCGCCAAGUGGAGGAUGAUACCUAUUGUUAUUAGCGCUCGUCGUGUGUAGCUCCUGCUCCUUUCCAAAAUGCAUUUCCUACCUGUGCCAAUGCCCGAGAGACUCUCUACAAGAUGGGUUCCAGAGCCAAACAGAGCGACCCCUUCAUUUAUGUGUGCAUUUGUUUUUGCCCUUUGAACUCUGCGUUAAAUGUAUUUAAUUCAAUACUAAAGCUAAGAUAUUUACUAAAAAAUGCAAUGGUGUUUUGUACAUGAGGUUGGAUGCGGAAAAAAGUUAACGCCGACACAAAAAAUAGUAAGCCAUUUAAAAACUUUACUUUAGCUUUUGGAUAGUUUUAGUAAUUUUAUUAGCAUGCGAUGGGUUU